CCACGUUACACAACCCAAAAAAUUAAGUCUAUUCUAUUUAAUUCUAUUUUGCAUUUUGGAAGUCAUCCAUUUACCGCUCGAAUUACCUCAGGCCUUGGCAGAGGAGUUGGAUUGUGAAAAUGAUACAUGUUCGGCUCAACUUGGUGUAAAUCGGUUUGCUCAGAUUGCAAAUCUAAGCGUUCUGUAUUCUCAUACUGUUCAAAGUAUGAUUACAAAUUCAACCUGUCAGUUAAUCUGUUUAAAGCAGUUUAAGGAGAUUAGACAACAUUGGCAUGAUUCUUUACAUCCCGUCACUCAAAGUAGACUAGUCUUGCUGUGUCCAACAGAUGAAGAAGAGAUAGAUAUCAUGAUUUUGUAUAGCGCUGUACUAUACGAUAUGCUAUAUUUGCUAUUGUUAUCUCACUAUCAUCUAGAAACCGAAUGGGACCGUAUCGAAACUGCCUAUCGAUUACAACGAAUGGUGCAUACGCUUGUCAGGCGGCCUUAUUUCUCCAGUGCCAUACAGUCCAGGCGAAUGUGCUGUUUUGCACUCAUGCUAUGCUUACAAUCAAAUAUAUCAAGAGAAGACGAUAAAAUCGAUAGUGAUUUCGUUGACCAAAUAAGACAGUCAAUGCAAUAUAUAAAACUCGACGCAAGAAUUGACAAGGAAUUAUCCGAUUUAUACACAAUGUUGAACAGCCAAAACAACGUAUUGACACCACAAAUACAACAACCACAACAGUAUCAACAGCAAGACUAUUUCAGCCUAACCCCACAACAGUUUAAUUCGACCACAACAUCUUCGCCUGUAGAUAAUUUAGCAAACACACCUGGAUUAUGGUCGACCACGACCAAUGGUGGGCUGAUCACGCCUAUUCGAGAAGACGUAGGAACGAAUAGCCAGAUUACUUCAGAAUGGAUUUUGGAGCAGCAAAGACAACACGAUCAACAAUUUCAAACAUAUCAAUUACAACAGUUGCCACAAUACCAAACUAGGAUUCCCUCAUACAAUAAUUAUAGCAGUAGCAGUAAUAAUACACCAUUAGCUACCACACCCAGCUACAUGAAUACCAAUAAUAAUAGUGAAGAUUAUUUCUAUUUAAAUCCAGGUCAUUGGAGUCCAUCCAUUGAUCAACUCAAUCAAAGCACGAGCUGUAUAUAAAAAUAAAAUAAUA